UAUGCCCUUUCCCGCCUCCGGUCGUGGUCUCGCUCCGCUGCGCGGGCCAGAGGCGGAGGUUGACGUGAAGUUUUCGCGGCGCCUCCGCGGACUUACAGGCUGCGCUGCGAAUCCCUCUUCGUGGGUUUGCUCUCUGCGGGCUCUCCCUUCUCAAGACUCUGCCCUUCCCCAAAAGAGGGACCCAGAGCAGGAGGAAGGAAUGACCUCUGAUCUUCUGUCGGACAGAGCCCAGAAGGAGAAGCAAUCAUCUGUACAAUUUAAGGAAUCAUUAACAUUCAAGGAUGUGGCUGUGCACUUUACUCAAGAAGAAUGGAGACAACUGAACCCAACCCAGCAGGAUCUGUACAGGGAUGUGAUGCUUGAGAACUAUAAAAACUUUGCUUCCUUGGGAUUGCCAGUUUUUAAGCCACAUGUGAUAUCCCAACUGGAGAGAGGGGAAGGACCCUGGAUAAAAGAUACAGAAGUCCUACAGAUCAUAUGUCCAGAUUCCAAUACUCUGAAGACAAGGUGUAAAAACUUGGAUUGGACACCAAAACCAGUCAUUUCUCUAGAAGAGCUCUCUAAGGAGAUAAUCACCAACAAUGAUCCCUUUACUUCUAAGUUGGAAGAAGCUUGGGAGCGUGAUGUCAGAUCAGAGGAGCAGAAUAACAUCUCAAAUAGACAGUCCAAAGCAGUAACUAGAAUUCAGAGAAAAACUAUUGAUGAGUUAAAUGCUCAUGAUUGUAAUACAUUUGGGAGAAGGUUUAGUCUAGUAUCACUCAUCAUUCCACCAGAGAGUUUUCUAACAGGAAAAAGUCUCCAGAAAUAUGAUACAUUUGAUAAAAACUUCAAAGAGUUUUCAGACUUAAAUAAAGAUAAUAGAAUUUCCUCUUCUAUUUGUAAAUAUAGUAAAUGCAGGAAGCUCUUAAAUUCCCACUCAGAUGUUAUUCAAAUUCAUACUGCACAAAGAUCCUGUGACUGUAAUGAAUGUGGGAAAUUCUUCUCUAACAGCUCAGUUCUUAGAAACCACGUAAGCAACCACACAGGAAAGGAACCUUGUAAGUAUAAUGAAUGUGACAAAGCCUUUAAGCUGAAGCGCUCUGUUUAUGAACAUCAGGAAAUUCAUUCUCAGACAGGAGAGAAACCCUAUAGAUGUAAUGAAUGUGGAAAAGCCUUCAGUUAUAAGUCUGUACUCUGGAUUCAUCAGAGAACUCAUAAGUGGGAGAGAUCCUAUAGAUGUAAUGAAUGUGGGAAAACCUUCAAGCACCGGUACUUGUGUACUGAACAUCUGAGAAUUCAUACUGGAGAGAAGCCUUAUAAUUGUACUGACUGUGGGAAAACUUUUACCCACAGAACAUCACUAUUUGCACAUCAAAAAAUUCAUGUUGGAGAAAAACCUCAUAAAUGUACCGACUGUGGGAAAGCUUUUGUCUACCGGGCAACACUUACUGAUCAUCAGAGAAUUCAUACUGGAGAGAAGCCUUUUAAAUGCACCAUAUGUGAGAAAACAUUCAGCCGUAGAUCAUCAUUGAGUGUUCAUCAGAAAAUUCAUACUGGAGAAAAACCAUACAAAUGUACUGAAUGUGGGAAAGCCUUUGCCCACAAAGGAACGUUUACUGAACAUCAGAUUAUUCAUACUGCAGAGAAACCUUACAAAUGUAAUGAAUGUGGGAAAACUUUUAGCCGGAAAGCCUAUCUUACUGACCAUCAGAGAAUUCAUACUGGAGAGAAGCUUUUUAAAUGUACUGAAUGUGAGAAAGCUUUCAGCCUGAGGCCAUCACUUAUAAUGCAUCGGAAGAUUCAUAGUGGAGAAAAACCAUACAAAUGUACUGACUGUGACAAAGCCUUUAUCUAUAGGGGAGCACUUAAUGAACAUCAGAGAAUUCACAGUGGGGAGAAACCCUUUAAAUGUACUCAAUGUGGGAAAGCCUUUAGCAGCAAGGGGAAACUUCGCAAACACCAGAGAAUUCAUUUGAGCGUGAAACCCUUUAUUUGUAAUGAAUGUGGUAAAAGCUUUAUUAAGAAAUCCACUCUUAAUAAUCAUGAGAGAAUUCAUAUUAGGAAGAAACCUUUUGAACAUCCUAAAUGUGGGGAAACAUUUUUCUAUAAGAAAUUCCUUACUGAACAUGAGAGAAAUGAUACCGAUGAAAAAGAUUUAGAGUGUAAGGAGUGUGGCAAAAUCUUCAAGCAGAGGAACUAUCUUACUAUUCAUCAGAUGGUUCAUACUGGAGAGAAACCUUUUCAAUGUAUUCUGUGUAAGAAAACUUUCAGCCAUAAAGCAGCUUAUAGUCGGCAUAAAAAAAUUCAUACUGGAGAGAAACCUUUUAAAUGUACCCGAUGUGAGAAAGCUUUCAGCCUUAGUUCAUCUCUUGCUCGACAUCAAACAAUUCAUACUGAAGAUAAGCCUUUUGAAUGUACUGAAUGUGGGAAAGCCUUUUCCCUCAAGAGAUACCUUAUGGUACAUCAGAGAAUCCAUACUGGAGAGAAACCUUUUCAGUGUGCUCAAUGUGGAAAAGCUUUUUGCCACCGUUCAAAUCUUGCUAUACACAAAGGAAUUCAUACUGGGGAGAAACCUUUUAAAUGUCCUGAAUGUGGGAAAACAUUCCGCCAAAGUAAGUCUCUUAUUGUACAUCAGAGAGUUCAUACUGGAGAGAAGCCUUUUGAAUGUACUCAGUGUGGAAAAGCCUAUACCCUCAGAGGAAACCUUACUGUCCAUCAGAAAACUCACACUGGAUAGAAACCCUUUAUCUGUCAAAAACGUGGGAAAGCCUUCAGCAAUAUCCAAGCUACAUUGGAGACAUCAGAGAAUUCAUACUAAAGAGAAAUUCUUCAGAUAUACUGAUUGUAGAAAACCAUCAACCAGACAAAGACAACUCAAUUGAUAUCGAAAAAUUAAGAAGAAAAAAACAUUUUGCAUGUCCCGAAUGUGGGAAAGCUUUCAAUUAUAGGAUGUACUUUGUUCAACAUCAGGGUAUUCAUAUUGCAUGAAUUCAUAUUGCAGCAGAUCAUGUAAGUGUAAUGAAUGUGGUGAAAACCUUAGGGUAGAGAGAAUAUCAUAGUCUAAAGCAGAGAGCUCACAUUGCAAAAAGUCCAUCUAAAUGUCAUGAAUGUAGGAAAUCCUUUACCAAGGGCUCAAUCCUAAGGAAGCUGAAUUCACAGAGGAUAGCCUAUAACUUAGUUGACAUGGGAAAAGCCACUCCUUAGUUACAUUUCAGUUUUGGGAAGCAUCAGAACAUUCAUAAUUGAGAGUAUCCCUCCAAAAUGGAUGUGGAUAGAGGUGUGCCAUCUUAUUUCUUUGCUUUUUCUAGGUGAAUGUCACACCUUCAAAUGAUAAAAAUUGUCUUGUUUUACCUUCUACUACUCCUACCUAAGUAUUUGCCAUAUUUAUCUUUCUACUUUGAGGGAAAUUAAUGUUGUGAAUAACCAGUAUUUCUACGUGACCCAUCCUUUUGCCGAUUUUGACAGAUGGAGUCUGUCAAAAAUGGACUCCAUUUUUCAAGGACAGGCAGUUUCUGAAGAAUUGAGCCCCUUCUUUUUGAUUAGCCCUUAAACAAAAGCCACCUUGAGCUACAGUUCUUUCCAAAAGAUGACUCAGGUCAACUCAGGUCCUUGGUUUUCCUAAUCAAAAUUUGGAGUGAUCUCGUCUUUUAUAGUAAAGACAAUAUAGGAGAGAAUCUGAUUGAGAUGACGUAUUUUUCUAGCCAUGAUUGCAUGGCUAUUCUCCCUAGGGCAUUUCCAUUUUCCCUAACUACAAACUAUUCUUUCACCUAAGGAUUGGACCUGUCCUUAAUUCUCCCCCUCUCCCCCACUCUAGAAGUAAGUGGGAGGAGCUGAGAACUAUUAACUCACUUCCUCAUUUAAAUAUAGGGAAGGUCCAAAUGAAGCAUUCAGUCUUUUCAGUUAUGUCUGCCCCUUUAUAACUUCCUCUGGUUUUCUUAGCAAAGAUGCUGAAGUUGUUUUACCCUUCUCUAGCUCAUUUUACAGAGGAGGAAACUGAGGUAGGAAGAGUUAAGUGACUUGCCCAGGGUCAUACAGUGUGUCUGAGUAUCUGAGGCCAGAGUUAAACUCAGGAGGAUGAGCUUUCCUGAUCCUAGGUCCCCCAGUGUGUCUACUCUAGACCUCUAGCUCUACCCUAAUGUCCAAGUGAUAUGCUUCUGUCAAACCGAUGAGAAGGAAGACAGACCCAGGUUUAAGAGUUCCUGUCUACCCUCACUUUGGGUCUGGUCCAUGACAGGUCCCACCGAUCCAGCACACUGGUUACCCCUAGACCGAUCAGUAAGUUGAUCUCUUCAAGGCUUUCGACACAAAUGGAGGAGGGACUCAAAAGUUCAAUAUCCUCUUAAUAAAUAAUAU